AUGUGCCUGAAAUCAAAACUCACUGAUGAAGGCUGGUAUGUUUGCUCAGCAAGAAAUGAAGAAGGAAAAAUAUCAGCACAUAAAAUUUUCCUCGACGUGCAGUUUUCUGUCAACAUCAUCAAUAUAACUAGUCCUCAAGAAGUACCUUCUGGAAAAUUUGUGUCACUGUUGUGCAAUGCCACUGGUGACCCUGACCCCAGUAUUGUCUGGAAAACUCCAAAUGGAACUGUGAUUGGUCCAGAUCAUUUGGGUUACCGUGCAACCGGUGGUUUUCUUUACAUUUCAUCUGUAUCCGUGGAAACUGAUGCCGGUGACUGGAGAUGUGAGGCGUGCAACCCCAUUGGCUGUGACAAUGCUAGCGUUAGUCUUCUUAUACAAGGUGAACCCAGCAUUCGUGCCAUUGAGACGAGUAGAAACACAUCAACAGUGACCAUCAGGUGCAUAGCCAUUGGUCAGCCUGUACCAAGCAUUGGCUACCUGAGGAGGGGGAGUGAAAUAUCGCCUGGUAUGGAGGGUCACCACGUGGUUGGGGGAGUGCUGUACAUCAAGGUUUCUACACUCACGGACUGGUACACAUGUAGUGCUACUAACAAGUAUGGAACAACGGAGCAGCAUUUGAGAAAACCAAAACAACCCACCAAGCCAUUGGCUACAGAAAUCAACUCAAGGAACAUAACUCUGCAGUGGAAUAGCAAAGCAGAAGCAAUCUUUCCAAGUGUGUUUGUAGUGGAGCACAGACAUUAUGAUGACACUGCAGAAACAAAAUGGAUUUUGGACAAUGUUGACAGGAAAUCAAGAAAUGCAUCAGUAACAAAUCUUAAACCAUACACCAAAUAUGUGUUUCGUGUGAAAGAAAAGAAUACAUUGGGAGAGGGACCAGAGAGUGAAGUAUCAGAUGUAUAUAAGACGCUUGCAACAGGUAGUCAGCAGAUUUACAAUUACUGUUAUAUAGUCAAAGCACAUAAAGUGAUGCUAAUAGUAAAGAGAUAUUUACUUAUGUUCAAAUAUAUAUUUAAAAAACUCAUCGUUUUGAUUAAUAAAGUAUUAUUUAAAUUACCAUAAGGAUUAUUUGUAAAUGUGAUAGCGAGUUUAACUGCACAUAAUGUACUAUUUGUGUAAUCUUUUGCAUCAUUUAUUC